ACAGCUCCGUCUGUGUGUCCUGGGCCAUCGCACUACGGAGCGAGCCGGGGAAGCCGGUGGAUGUCUGGGAACCCGGAAAUGACUAUUGAAUUAGACAUAGAGACAAGGGAUAUUUUGAAGAAGAGUAUCACUGCCUACCAUCAGUUCAGCCUUAAGGAGUUGGUAUCAUUUGAAGACAUAAUGGUGGACUUCACCUGGCAAGAGUGGCAGGACCUGGAUGUUGCUCAGCAAACUCUGUACAGGGAUGUGAUGCUGGAGAACUACAAUAGCCUGGUGUUCUUGGGGCUCUGUAUGACCAAACCGGAGUUGAUCUCCAAGUUGGAGCAUCGAUUUAUACCUUGGAGUGCAGCAGAUGCCUCAGUUAAGAGGCUUCCAGCAGAAUUAAAAGUUCAAGAGAAAAUCCAUUCUACAAAAGCUUUUGAAUGUAGACAAUUCCCGAAAGAUGUCUGUCAACAGUUACAUCUCAGUCAGCAUGAGAAAACUAAUAGAGUUGAGAAGACUUAUGAAAAUAGGAAACCUUUUCCCAUGAAGUCACAACUCACUCUACCUCAGCGAACUCAUACAGGUGGAAAGCCAUACAAAUGUAGUGAAUGUGGGAAAGCUUGCUUCCAGAAGUCUCAACUCGCUAGGCAUCAGAGAAUUCAUACACGUGAGAAGACACAUGAAUGUAAUGAAUGUGGGAAAGCUUUCUGCUUUAAGUCAGAACUUGCUGUGCAUCAAAGAACUCAUACAGGUGAGAAACCAUGCAAAUGUAAUGAAUGUGGGAGAGCUUUCUUCUGGAAGUCUCAACUCACUCUGCAUCAGAGAACUCAUACAGGUGAGAAGCCAUAUGAAUGUAAUGAAUGUGGGAAAGCAUUCUUUCGUAAGUCAAUACUUACUAGACAUCAGACCAUUCAUACAGGUGAGAAGCCAUAUGAAUGUAAUGAAUGUGGGAAAGCCUUCCGCGUGAAGUUACACCUCACUAGGCAUCAGAUAACUCAUACAGGUGAGAAGCCUCAUGAAUGUAAUGAAUGUGGAAAAGUUUUCUUCUGGAAAUCUGAACUAACUGUUCAUCAGAGAACUCACACAGGUGAGAAACCAUAUGAAUGUAAUCAAUGUGGGAAAGCUUUCUCCUGGACAUCAGAGUUCACUGUUCAUAAGAGAACUCAUACCGGAGAGAAGCCCUAUGAAUGUAAUGAAUGUAGGAAAUCUUUCUUCUCCAAAUCACAACUCACUGUACAUCAGAGGACUCAUACAGGUGAGAAGCCAUAUGUAUGUAAUGAAUGUGGUAAAGCUUUCCCUGUCAAGCUACACUUUACUAGGCAUCAGAGAACUCAUACAGGGGAAAGGCCCUAUGAAUGUAAUGAAUGUGGGAAAACUUUCUGUUGGAAGUUACAGCUCACAAAGCAUCAGAUAACUCAUACAGGAAAGAUGCCAUAUCAAUGUGCUGAAUGUAGAAAAUCUUUUCCCACUAAGUCACAACUCACAAGACAUCAGAGAACCCAUACAGGUGAGAAGCCAUUUAAUUGUAAUGAAUGUAACAAAGCUUUUGGUCGGAAAUCAGAGCUCACUGUUCAUCAGAGAACUCAUACAGGGGAGAGGCCAUAUGAGUGCAAUUCAUGUGAGAAAAGUUUCUCCUCCAAAUCACAACUCAAUGCACAUGAGAGAAUUCAUUUGCGUAAGAAACCAUACAAUGGUCUUGAACAUGGGAAGUCUUUCCCCACCAAGUCACAACUCACUGUACAUACUGCUACUGGAUCAUUACCACCGGAGGUAUAUUGUUGAGGGAGGUCCUUGACCUUUUUAAUCUUGCCUUCUGGGAUUUCUCCAGUCAUCCUACACUUGCUGCUAUUUCCUAACUAAUGUGAAAAGAUGUUAUGUUCAGUUUCUGAUCUACCAUGUCUUGUGAAACUGCCCCUUGUCCUGUUAAAUCCAUUCACAUAUCAGCAUCACAUUACUUAUCCAGGUUAGAAUAUGUUUACAGCCUUAUGUUGGCACUGCUGAUAUGUUUCUUAAAUGUCUUUUGUAACUAGCAUAUAUUCAGGUGGUGUUAUUUGCCAUUUUAAGUUUUAUAUCCUCAGAUCUAUUAUAAAUUCAAGUAAUUAUUUCCGGCAGUUUGUAAAAUCUUGUUGUUCACUGGUAAUUUGUGAUCAUUUUUUUCAGUGAAAUGAAGUUUCAUAAUUUAUAUUUGGGCCACGGUCAUGAACAGUAGUCACUAUUGUCUGUAAACUCAUUUUGCCCAAUGAUAUACUGAUGUUCAUGUCUGUCCCCCGCCCUUAAUCUUCUUGAUACUUGAAUUAGAAGCAUUUGUUACCAACAGUUUAUGAGCAUUUUUAGUAGAAUGUUUGAAUUUUUAAACCAAAACUUGUGCAAAACAUGAUUAUUCGUGUGUAUUCUAAACUUUCAAAUGGAAUUAUUCAAUAUGAUAUUCUCAGUGAAGCUAUUGAACGAUAUGUCAAUAAAUUCACUUGAUAUUCCUUCUCAACUUA